CUCUGUUCCGGCGCAUCCGGGCCUUGACACUCUCCUAAAUCCCAUGAGGCACAGCACACCGCAGGCUGCCUGGCCUGAGGGUCACUGUUGCUGUUUCUCGUUGCUUUGUUACGCAACUUGACCUGACUUGACCCUUGUCCUGUCACUAUCUAAUCAUCUUCUCUUUCCUUUGUCUUAUCCAUCUCACCAACAAUCCUGUACAGAUCUGUGAAUCAACACGACAACACCAUGCAUCUCGCACCAGCGCUGGUCGCCUGUGCCUUGUCCUCGAGGGCUUCUGCAUUCCUGCUGCCCCUCGAGGUCACUGAGGCUGCAGAGCGCGCCGACAUUCAAGUCAAACCUCCCCCAGGCGUCGUUAUGACCGGCGGCUCGGUCGAUCUCGACUGCCCUCACUGUCCGUACUUCGGUCUUGAGAAUCCGACAGAGCCGCAGUUUGGUGUCGACAGCAAAAUCCAACUCGAAUUUGUUAUCGAUGCCCAAAACCGCUUGACUAUCAACGACUUUCCUGUCUUUCCUCAUGAUAUGAACGCGGCCGCCUCCUCCCCGUUCGUUGUGACGACUCGUCAAAUAAGGAGAGAAGAUGGCCAGGAGACGGACCCUGUUCAGAUGGACUUUGCUUUUGAGACAUUACAACCCAUCAAUUCAGUCCAAGACCCUGCAGUCACCGUUUUGCCCACUCGAUUCACCGUUCUAGGUCUGCAAGGCCAUCCCGUCAAGGUCGACACAAUUGCCAUUGACCUCCUUCAGACACCAGAUCAGACUGCCAUUGCCAGAUUCGUCCAGAUACCCUUCGAGCAAACUCCUGGUGCUACGACCUGUGACCCUUCCGCCAAAUGGUCUCUGUGCCGUCUCAGAGCCAUCAUUGCCGCUCGCCUUCAAAACAUCAUGUCAGCUGCAAAGGCACGUGCUCAUGGGGCCAAGGGCUGGAUGAAGGACGGAAAGGGCUGUCAUGGCAAGAAGUUUGGAGGCAUAGCCAAGCAUCACGGUCAUAAACACCACACGGGAGGCUGGCAUCGUCACCAUCGCUUCCACCGUCUCGGCCACAUCCUUCACCAGACACUUCGUUUCUUCGUCAUUCCUGCUCUCCUUGGCAUCGUUGGAGGCUUGAUGGCCAGUGCUGUGGGUAUGCUUGUUGGACAAAUGAUCUCGUACCUCUGGAUACGCUUCCAUCGUCGUGGUCAACGAGGCAGUGCCAAUGUCCGCGUGGUCGAGUUCAUUAUCACCGAGGACGAGAAGGAUCCAUUGAUGACCGAAGACAUCCCUCCUCCACCAAAGUAUCAGGAUUUGGAGGCUGCUGCUGAAGGAGUCGAGGCUGUCCGCGACGAGAAACACUAAACGAAUAAUCUGCGGCCGAACCGGAUACCACCCGGCCAAAGCAAAAUAAUGAAAGUGACAAACAAAGAAGAACAGGCUUAGAAGUCUACAAAUACCCAAAGCAUUGCAGGUGUUAUUAGCACGACAGUCCAAUCGUGCGGAGAGGGAACUAUAUCGUUUAUGGACAUAGGGUUGGAUUGAAGUCUUACAUAUGAGGAGAAUGGAUAUGUAUGUUUCAGUACAUGCUACAAUAUGGAUAUCCGACGAGGGAAGGCAAGAGCCAAAGUGUCAGCUUAUACAGGUGCUUUCCCGUUCCUUCAUUGGAAACUUCUGUUGUGCUCAGUGUGUGCGUAUUCGGUUCUUUAUGAACAGCUAGUACAGUAUCUACUCAGUCUCGGCACGAGAGCAUUCUAUUCACAUACCAAGCCUGGCCCCCGUGCGUUGUCUGUAUACAAUCUUCCAG